AGCCGAACACCAACUAGCCGACGAACUGUCAGCAGCCAGUCAAGGAACAACUCCACGCCUGGAGAUUGGAGCCGCAAGAACAGUGCCGCGCCAGGCAUCGGUUUCAUCCGGGUCAAGCUUCUGCAGUCAGACUUACAGUCGGGUUCGGAUCCUGACGAUCCUUUUGUGGCCAUCAAUGUUAAGGAAGCCGUGGAUAUCCCUGGGAAAGGAGUGCAACUGGUUCAGAAAAAGAAAACCUUGUAUCCCAAGUGGAACUCGUGUUUCGAUGCUCAUCUCUACAAUGGGCGGAUCAUCCAGCUGAUUAUCAUGGAGAAGCCCAACAAGAAUCUCGCCGAGAUCAGCAUUGGCGCCAAAAUGUUGGCGGAUAAAUGUGACCCUUCAACCGGAACCAGUGGCCCCCUUUGGUUGGACCUGAAGCCAUCAGGUCGAUUAGAGGUUCAAGUCAGGUUUUAUGCUGAAAACAACGACGAAAUUGAAAUGAUUCCAGGACAGCAGCAACAAUUUGUGCGCCGUGGGGCCAUGAAACAGCAGAAGGUUCAUGAGGUCAAGGGUCACCAUUUUAUAGCCAAAUUCUUCAGGUCACCAACAUAUUGUUCUUUUUGUACAGAAUUUUUGUGGGGAUUGAAUAAACAAGGAUACCAGUGCCAAAUGUGUAAUUGUGCAGUCCACAAGAAAUGCCAUGACAAAAUUUUAGGGAAAUGUCCAGGGAAUGCCAAAAAUAGCAGAGAAACCAUGAUGUUGACAGAACGUUUCAACAUUAAUGUACCACAUCGCUUCAAGGUCUACAACUACAUGUCUCCGACAUUCUGCGACCACUGUGGUUCUAUGCUGUUUGGUCUGUUUAGGCAGGGUCUGAAAUGUGAAGUUUGCAACAUUAACUGUCACAAGAAAUGUCAGAGCUUUAUGCCAAACCUGUGUGGAAUUAACCAGAAGCUACUGGCCGAAGCUCUUCAACAGGUCAGAAUCACAGCCACUCCAGGAGAAAAGAAGAAACUGCAGUCUUCAACUAUGAGCGAUAAUCCACUGCUUGAUGAUGAUGAUGAAGAAGAAGAAAAUGAUGAGAACUCAAGUUACCAGGAAGUUUGGGGAAUUGACAAUGUUCCGCAUGCGCCUGCCCUUGAAGUGCGGAGGUUCAAACCUGAAGAUUUUAAUUUCCUCAAAGUUUUAGGAAAAGGAAGUUUUGGCAAGGUCAUGCUUGCUGAAUUGAAAGAAAACGGCAUUUAUUAUGCUGUCAAAGCUUUGCGGAAAGAUGUCGUUCUUGAGGAUGAUGAUGUUGAAUGUACUAUGAUUGAAAAAAGGGUACUGUCUAUUGGCCACAGGCAUCCCUUCCUUACCCACCUUCACAGUACUUUCCAGAGUAAAAGUCAUCUGUUUUUUGUGAUGGAGUACCUCAACGGCGGUGACCUUAUGUUUCACAUACAGUUGUCGGGCAAAUUUGAGUUUCCUCGUGCGCAAUUUUAUGCAGCAGAAAUAGUGUGUGGGCUACAGUUUCUACACAAACAUGGCAUUGUUUACAGAGAUCUCAAGCUGGACAACAUCAUGUUAGACAAAGAUGGGCAUAUCAAAAUAGCUGACUUCGGCAUGUGCAAGGAGAAUAUUUUUGGUGAAAACCGAGCAAAUACUUUCUGUGGCACUCCAGACUACAUUGCACCAGAAAUUCUGAAAGGAAUGAAAUACAACUCAUCAGUUGAUUGGUGGUCAUUUGGAGUCUUGGUUUAUGAGAUGCUAAUUGGACAGUCUCCAUUCCACGGCGAUGACGAGGAUGAUCUUUUCCAUUCCAUUCUUCAUGAUACUCCACGAUACCCUCAUGCAACUCCCAAAGAAGCGUCAACAAUGAUGAGUUUGCUCUUUGAGCGUAACCCAGCAGAAAGACUAGGAAUGCCGACAUGCCCGGCUGGUCCUAUAAAUUUACAUCCCUUCUUCCGCAGCAUUGACUGGGAAAAACUUGAAGCUAGACAGAUAGCUCCCCCUUUCAAACCAAAGAUCAAAAAUGCCAGUGACAGUUCAAAUUUUGACUCAGACUUCACAAAAGAAAAACCGCAGUUGACACCACCUGACCCGACGCUUAUGAAAACUAUGAACCAAAAUGUUUUCAAGCAUUUCUCCUUCACAUGCCAGGAGGCACUGCUGUCGUGA